UGUUGCUCAGUCAGCUGUUGAAGAACUUGUGCUUGGGAUUUAGGAUUAGCGUUAAGGACCCAGUCGAAGAGAUUCAAAGCCAGAGCAGAAAAUGACGACGAUUGUUCCCACCUCCGAGGAAGAGCCUUCGCUGGCCAUUGUUCGUUUCACUUCCCAGCUUGCCUGGGCCGAUGCUGGUCCCGAGAAAUGGAGGCGGAAUUGAGCAAUUUAGUGUGCUAAUUACUAUGACCAUUGUUUCAGAGCCCCAAGUUUCUAGGCUAUGUAGGGAAGCAGAGGAGUCUAUAAGAGAUUGCAGGUGGUUGGAUUUGGCAACUUUAAUGGUAACUUCAGCUGACUUGGUAUCAACCAAGAUCUCUGAGAAAGAUCUUGAGUGUACCUACACCAUAAUUUGCAGCCUUGUGAAGAAUGUGAAAACUCCUGAGGAAGUCCUUGAAAUGGUUAAAGCUAUUGCUUCCAAGGUUGUUCAACAGCCGGAUGAUAAAGCUUCAUUGCGUUUGAAAAUCCUCUUCAAUCUCUAUAACCUGCUUGAUCACCCAAAUGCUCGUUUUCAAGUAUAUAUGAAAGCUCUGGAACUGGCUGUAAACGGGAAAAUUACCGAGUAUAUAGUGCCUUCCUUCAAGAAGAUAGACAGCUUCUUGAAAGAGUGGAGUAUUGACAUCAAAGAUCAGCGGGAAGUAUUUCUUGCCAUUGGUAAAGUGCUGAGAGAAAAUAAAAGUUUGGCAGAAGAAUCCCUUCAGUUUGUGACAAAAUACUUGGCGACUUUCUCCAAUGAGGAUGCCCAAGUCCUGAGUGAAGCCAAGGAGGAAGCAGUACGAGCUAUUAUUGAAUUUCUCAAGGCUCCCAGUAUAUUUCAGUGUGAUUUAUUAGACAUGCCAGCCGUCGCACAAUUGGAGAAGGAUCCUAACAAUGCACCAGUUUACCAGCUACUAAAGAUUUUUCUUACUCAAAGGCUGGAUGCAUACAUGGAAUUCCAAAAUGCGAAUUCAGGAUUUCUGCAAACCUAUGGGCUUGUCGAGGAAGACUGUGUAGCAAAGAUGAGAUUGUUGUCACUAGUAGAUUUGGCCUCAGAUGAAUCUGGAAAAAUAUCGUAUGCCUCAAUCAAGAACACUCUACAGGUAAAUGAAGAGGAGGUAGAAUUGUGGGUGGUUAAGGCAAUAACUGCAAAAUUGGUUGAUUGUAAGAUGGAUCAGAUGAACCAAGUUGUAAUUGUCAGUCGCUGUGCCGAGCGUGAUUUUGGACAAAAGCAGUGGCAGUCUCUUCGAACAAAGCUCGCAGCUUGGCGGGACAAUAUUACAAAUGUAAUUAAUACAAUCCAAGCUAAUAAAGUAACAGAGGAGGCAUCAUCAGGUACUCAGGGAUUGACUGUUCGUUGAAAGAUUUGUCUGAAGAUUUCUCAGAAGAAGAAGCGCUCAUCGAUCGAAAGACCGAGAUAGUCAUCUCAAAAGCAGACCGAUUUUGUUUUCUUCGCAGAGUUCUUUUUGACCGUUGAUCUUUUUGAAAUUAUCAUUCUUCUUUGUGUUGGCCUCUUUUUGUCCCCUCAAUUUAGCGGAGACUUGCCAUGCAUUGCUUUCUUAAAGAGAAAACAGGAAACCUUAGGAAGAUGGUAAGCUAAGUUGGGAGAUAUGUUUGUGUCAGAAGUUGACUCAUGGCCAGUACCCACUUUUUUUAAUCUUCAAUCCCAAGUUACUUUCUCACUUCUCAUUUCUAAAUCAUUGGGGUUAUCCGGUUCUUUUUUCAAGAAAAGACAGUUGAGAUGUUAUGUUCGGACUAGAACACGUCAGUUUCUGUUGCUGUUUUAUUAUCAUUCACCAUAAACAUUGCUUAAAGUUAUGGGAAUCAAGAAAGAAUAAAUUUGGAGAA